AUGAGUACUGAAGCAGAACAGCAGCUUCUCCAUGAUGCUAGAAAUGGAAAUGCUGAAGAAGUUAAACAGCUGUUGGAUACCAUGGACAAAGGAGAAAUAAGCUUUGAUAUCAACUGUAAAGGCAGGAGUAAAUCUAAUAUGGGUUGGACACCUCUUCACCUUGCAUGCUACUUUGGACAUGCUGUUGUGGUAGAAGAUUUGCUGAAGGCUGGUGCGGAUGUGAAUGUGCUGAAUGACAUGGGAGAUACUCCACUCCAUCGUGCAGCUUUCACAGGACGUAAGGAGGUUGUGAUGUUACUCUUGCAGCAUAAUGCUGAUACGUCUAUUGUUAACGGGAGUGGAGAGACUGCAAAAGAAGUUACUCAUGAUAAAGACAUAAGGAAUAUGUUGGAAGCAGUGGAAAGGACACAAGAAAGGAAACUGGAAGAAGAACUCUUAGGAGCAGCAAGAGAGGGGGAAACAGGGAAACUGACUGCCUUGUUGAACAAGCCCAAACCACCUGAUAUCAACUGUACAGAUCAGAUGGGGAACACACCAUUGCAUUGUGCAGCAUACCGUGCCCAUAAGCAUUGUGCAUUGAAACUUCUGAAAAAUGGAGCAGAUCCUAAAAUAAGAAACAAAAAUGAUCAGACACCCCUUGAUCUAGCCCAAGGUGCAGAAAUGAAACUGAUACUGGGAGGUAAAACUGGAAAGGUUAUCAACAAACCCCUGAGACGAUAUGAAGGUCUCCUAUGGAAGAGCUCACGAUUUUUUGGUUGGAAACUCUACUGGAUAGUUCUAGAACAUGGAGUCCUUUCCUGGUAUCGGAGACAAGCUGAUGCAGUGAAUAAUGAUCAUCGUCAGGGAUGCAAGCAUCUAACACAAGCUGUCUGCACGGUAAAAUCUACAGACACUUGCUUCUUUUCUGUCAGAUGUUUUGAUGACACUGUUCAUCGUUUCAAGAUUCCUAAAAAUAGCCUUCCCUCUCAAACUAGAGAGAGUUGGCUGGAAGCAAUAGAAGACCACUCUGCAUAUAGCACUCAUUACUGCACACAGGAACAGUUGAGUAGUGAUGAUGAGGAAGAUGAUACAGUAUCUGUUACAGACCUACAGGAUACUCUGAAAAAAGCACAAGCAUGCCAACAAAGACUCAGUAAAGAGAUUUCAGACUUUCUUGCAAUGGUUAAAUCUUUGGAUGCUACAAAAGGAAUAUCUUCUCCCCUCCUGCAAAAAGUUGAUGUGGUCUCUGAAGUAUCCCAGGAAACGUGUGAGGCACUGACUGACUGCCUCAACCUAUUCACAAGGCAAGAAGGG